AUGCGCGUCUUAAUUCUGGGAGCAACAGGUGCUGCAGGUGUGCUUCUUAUCCAGGAAGCACUCGCAGCAUCGCACACCGUGGUUGUAUAUGCGCGCUCGCCAAAUAAACUCGCUGAGGAAAUCAGACAUGAUCCCCGCGUCACAGUCCACAAGGGGGAGCUCGAUGACAGAGAAGCGCUUUCAUCCGCCAUAAUGGGCGUUGACGCCGUGCUUUCUGCUCUGGGGCCAUCGGUCUCGCGCGGACCUAUGCACCCGAAGGGCACACCUCUUGCACGGGCAUAUUCUCUGAUCAUUGAACUUAUGAUAGGCCACCGUGUGCGUCGGCUACUGGCCCUUGGGACACCAAGCAUAACAGACCCGAACGACAAAUUCAGUCUGCGGAUGUCUAUAAUAGUUAACGGCGUAGCCACCCUGGCACGUACGGCAUACGAAGAUGUUGUAGCCAUUGGCGAAACUAUUCGGACCCAAGGAAAUGACCUGGAUUGGACGAUUGUCCGUGUACCCCUGCUAAGCGGAGCAAAUGACAAGAAUCUUGUUGUAGGUUAUGUGGGAGACGGGAAAACAGGGAUAUGGGUAACAAGGGCAGGGUUCGCAUCAUUCGUUGUGCAAGAAUUGGAGAAAAACGAGUGGGUGAAGAAGGCACCGUUGAUCACAUUGCCUUGA